GGCAUUUUCCAGGAGAAGGAAUGCCUGCAAGUGGGAAUUUUUUCAAACCUCCAUUGAUCAGAACCUGGAAUCAGAGAUGAAAGAGAAUAUGAAAAGAACUAUCAAAGCAAAGGCAGAAAAAGCAAUAGCGGGAAAAAAAAGUAACUUACACAGCAAGAAGUUCUCUCUCUCUCGAACUACUUCUUCGAGAAGUACUAGAAAAGAUCACGAUAAAAGCACACUUAUUUGAGUUUGGGUCUUUCCCUCUUACUCUCAGUUCUCUUCCUAAACUCACACAAAGUUUGUUUUCUCUUUUUCUUGCUCUACAAACGCGUUCAAGGUUGCUUCUUUUGUUGCCUCAACGCAGAACUCUCAAGGAAUUUGCUGGGUAUUAAUCUGAAGUGGUUAAUUUUCUGAAGAAUAUGGAAUCAAAAGGAAGUGAAAAGGACACUGUGGUGACGCAAGUUAGUGUUGGUGGAUUUGGAAGACAUGUUACAGCCAAAGAUCUCAUGGAGUACUUGGACAAUGAAGUUGGAGUUGUUUGGAGGUGUAGAUUGAAGACUUCAUGGACGCCACCGGAGUCCUAUCCCAACUUUGAGAUUCUUGACAGUACAGUUAUCCAAAGAACAGAUGACUAUAAGAAGGUGGAACCCCAUGCAUUUGUUCAUUUUGCCUCCCCUCUAACAGUAACUUGGGCUGUAGAUGCUGCAGGUCGUACUGAGCUUGUUUUCAACAAUCAGCUUUUGAAGGUUAGUUUGGGGCCUGAAAAUCCAUAUUACUUGAAUCGUAGGAGGAGGAAUACAACGCCCUUUAAGUUAUCUGAUGUCUGCCUGGAUAUUGGAGGCAUGGUUAGCCAAGAUGAGUUCUUUGUUGGCUGGAGAGGACCUCCUUUUGGGGUUGAUUUUCUUGUGGAUCCUUUUGAUGGCACCUGCAAAUUUUGUUUCUCUAGAGAUACAGCCUUCUCUUUCAAAGGCACAACUGAGUAUGCGGUGAUAAAAUGUGACUUUAAGGUGGAGUUCUUGGUGAGAGACAUUAAUGAGAUUAAGCAAUACACAGAGCCAUCAGGUUUAGUAGUGUUCUUGCAGCUGGCUUCUUCACCUUGGGUCUGGUAUAGAACUGCUGAUGAUGAGAUUGAAGAAUCGGUUCCAUUUGAUCUGUUGGAUGAUGAUGAUCAGUGGAUCAGGACCACAGAUUUUACCCCUAGUGGGGCCAUUGGUCGGUGUAAUACAUACAGAGUUGUAAUCCGUCCUCGUCAUGGUGCAAAGUUGAAGAAGGCCUUGGAUUAUCUCAGAGAACAAAGGGUACCCCCAGACUAUGUCAGAUGGCCGCUUAGGAUCAGAGAUGAACCUGAUUUUGGGAUGUCCAUGUCAGAUCCCUUUUAUUGUAUCAAUUACAAGGAGGGGAUUCCCUUUGAAAUAAUGUUUUUGGUGAAUGCUGUAAUGCACAAAGGCAUAUUCUAUCAACAUCAGCUAUCAGAGGACUUCUUUAACCUCCUGAGAGACCAACCAAGGGAGGUCAAUGUGGCUGCGCUAAAGCACAUCUAUUCCUACAGGCGUCCAGUUUUUGAUGCCUAUAAGAGGCUGAAAACUGUCCAUGAUUGGCUGCUGAGGAAUCCUAAACUUUUUAAGAGCCCUAAGCAGUUGGAUGAUAUUGUUGAAAUCAGAAGAUUGGUUAUUACUCCAACCAAAGCUUAUUGUCUUCUUCCAGAGGUUGAGCUUUCUAAUAGAGUUCUCAGGAAAUAUAAAGAAGUCGCUGAUCGGUUUUUAAGGGUUACAUUUAUGGAUGAAGGCAUGCAGACAAUCAAUGCAAAUGUGCUCACUUACUAUGCUGCUUCAAUUGUGAGGGAUGUGACAUCAACCUCCUUUUCUCAGAAAACGGGAGUGUUCAAAAGGGUAAGGUCUAUUCUAACAGAUGGGUUUUAUUUGUGUGGUCGCAAAUACUCUUUCCUUGCUUUCUCAGCCAAUCAAUUGAGAGACAGGUCCGCAUGGUUUUUUGCUGAAGAUGGAAAGACAAGUGUGCUUCAAAUUCUAAGGUGGAUGGGGAAGUUUACAAACCGAAAUAUUGCUAAAUGUGCUGCCAGGAUGGGUCAGUGCUUCUCAUCAACAUAUGCAACAGUUGAAGUUCCUUCAACAGAGGUUGACCCUUGCCUUCCAGAUAUAGAGAGGAAUGGAUAUUUGUUCUCAGACGGGAUUGGCAAGAUCACUCCUGAUCUUGCAAUGGAAGUUGCUCAGAAAUUGAAGCUAGACCUGAAUCCUCCUUGUGCUUAUCAAAUUAGAUAUGCUGGUUGUAAAGGGGUCGUGGCUUGUUGGCCAGAAGAAGGUGAUGGGGUCCGUCUUUCUUUACGGCCCAGUAUGAAUAAGUUCUGUUCUAACCAUACAACAUUGGAAAUCUGUUCUUGGACAAGAUUUCAGCCUGGCUUCCUGAAUAGACAAAUUAUUACAUUGCUUUCUACAUUGCACGUGCCAGAUGAUGUAUUUUGGGAAAUGCAAAAUACCAUGGUUUCUAAGUUAAACAAAAUCCUUGUGGACGCUGAUGCAGCAUUUGAAGUUCUCACUUCUUCAUGUGCUGAGCAAGGGAAUACUGCAGCAAUAAUGCUGAGUGCAGGUUUCAAGCCUCAAAUAGAGCCUCAUUUACGAGGAAUCUUGACUUGUGUAAGAGCAUCUCAGCUUUCAGGUCUUAGGGAAAAAGCUAGGAUUUUUGUUCCCUCAGGAAGGUGGUUGAUGGGUGUCUUCGAUGAACUAGGAGUACUUGAACAAGGUCAGUGCUUUAUCCAAGUAGCCAAUCCUUCUGUAGAAAACUGCUUCUUGAAACAUGGCUCUAGGUUUGCUGAAACAAAGAAAAAUUUUGAAGUAAUUCAAGGGUUGGUGGUUAUAGCUAAGAAUCCUUGUCUUCACCCUGGAGAUAUACGGAUUCUAGAAGCAGUAGAUGCCCCUGGUUUACACCAUUUGUACGACUGUCUGGUCUUCCCUCAAAAGGGUGAGAGACCCCAUACAAAUGAAGCUUCUGGGAGUGAUCUUGAUGGGGACCUUUAUUUUGUCACAUGGGAAGAUCUUCUUAUCCCCCCUGGGAAGAAGAGCUGGCCACCCAUGCAGUAUGACCCUGGUGAGCCUAAACAGCUGCAACGCGAAGUCAAUCAUAAGGACAUAAUAGAUUUUUUUGCAAAAAACAUGGUGAAUGAGCACCUGGGGACUAUUUGCAAUGCGCAUGUGGUUCAUGCUGAUCUUAGUGAAUAUGGUGCUCUAGAUGAGAAAUGUAUACAUCUUGCAGAGUUAGCGGCUACAGCUGUUGAUUUUCCUAAAACUGGGAGGAUUGUGUCAAUGCCUGCUAAUUUAAAACCAAAACUUUACCCUGAUUUUAUGGGUAAAGAGGAGUACCAGUCAUACAAAUCAAGAAAAAUUUUGGGAAGACUAUAUCGUCAUAUCAAAGAUGCAUAUGAUGAAGAUCUCUCUGAAUCUUCCAAGAUCAAUCUUGAAGCUCCUGACAUCAAUUAUGAUACAGAUCUUGAGAUUACAGGGUCUGCUGACUACAUUGAUGAUGCAUGGGUUAAAAAGUGCUCCUAUGAUGGGCAGUUGAUUGGACUUCUUGGACAAUACAAAGUUAAGAGGGAAGAAGAGGUAGUAACUGGGCACAUCUGGUCAAUGCCCAAAUACACCAGUAGGAAGUUAGGGGAUUUGAAGGAGAAGCUCGGUCAUUCUUAUGGUGCCCUGAGGAAAGAAUUCAGGCAAAUUUUUGAGAGUAUGGACUCGGAAAUUGAGCAACUUAAUGAGGAUGAGAGGAAUGAAUUGUAUGAAAGAAAGGCAUCAGCGUGGUACCAGGUCACUUACCAUCCUAAAUGGGUAGAGAAGAAGUUAGAGUUGCAGAAGUCUGAUGAUGCUGACCCUGUAGUGAUGUUGAGUUUUGCUUGGAUUGCAGCUGAUUACCUUGCUCGAAUCAAAAUUAGGAGCCAGGGAACAGGAAAUGUUGACUUUUCUAAGCCUGUCAACUCUCUCGUAAAGUACCUAGCUGAUAAAAUAUGACCCAGCAUUUGACUGUUUUGGCAGUAAAUUCUUUUGCUGGAUCAGACUACUAGGUGGCAAGGCCACUCUGCCAUUGUUGAAAGAUAAGUUGCAAUGUCAAUUUCUUAUGUAUAUUUUUUGCUGUCUGGAUUGUUACCUGUCAUUGCUAUGACCUAUUUUGAUAUUUUCAAGAAGAUUUCCAUGCGUUGUUUGGAAGUUUGAUUAUGUAAUAAUGUUGUUGAAUUUUCUUGCUUUGCUUGAAUAUUAGAUUGUGAAAUUGAUUCAUCAAGUGGAAUAGCAUGUUAUUUUGGAUGGUCUGAAUUAUGUUAA